UUUUAGAAUCAAGCUACAUUUCCAUGAUGAAUUUCUGUGUUGUUCUGGUUGUCCUCGGGAUAGCUGCUGCAAACGCCAUCCCAAAUGAAUUCUAUCGAUUCCGCCGCUCAACCCUGACUGCCAAAUUAAACAAUGGCAUGGAGCAGAAGAUAAGAUCCUUGGCAGAUGGCAACCCCGAAGUGGAAAAUGCACUAAAUGAGUAUAAGAGAAGCUUGGUGAGAGCUUUUGAUGAAACUCUAAAGGAGAACUUCAGACAGGUUAGGGAGGUUCUUACUGACCGCAGAAGGAGUGUUGACACUGAUGCCGCCAUCAUGAACGUCAAGAGAGCCUUUGACACAAUGGAAGACAGAGUCCAUCAGAAGGCCCUCAGGGACUUAAGCGGCCUCUGGAAUAGUGUAAAAGACUGGGUUUCGGAAAAGUUUAGUUCAUUCGCAGAUUUUGCCAAGGACUUCUUGAGUGAUGUCUAUGAAAAAGUAAAGCCAGACCUCGUGGAGUUGAAAGAUAUGGCACUUGAGCUGAUCAAGACCCAUGCCAAGGAACUCUCCACGCAUGCCAAGGAACAGGCCCUAAAAUUCUUCAGGGAACAAGGCGCGGCAUUGGCAGACAACAUCAAGGAACAACUCACAGAAGUCCUCGGUUAGAUAAGACAACUGACAGAUGAUGUUGCAGUGCCAACUCUAUUGUUUACAUCUUAUUGUCUGUCCUGUCAAUAGCUGUCAAUAAAAGUGGUGCAUAAACAA